AUGCCCUCGUUCUUUCGAUGGGAUGGGUUGUGCUUGUGGGUCGUCUUGACAUCGCCCCGAUGGAGAGGCGCUGCCUCGCCACCAGAAGUACCGGUGAUGAUGCAAACGCCAUCAGUGUCUGACUGGAGGAAGCCAUCGGCAACGAAGAGAGAAAAUUGCCCACCAGGUUCGUCAAUGUCCACACAAGCCGGAGGCUGUUCAUGCAACUUCGGCUUCUCUGGCCGAUUGGACUGGGAUGCUUCUCAAGGCAAGUAUUCUGGUGCUUGCACGCGAACUCCCUGUCCAAACGGCACAAUGACGGGAAAGUAUGCAGGUGAAUGCAGUUGUCAGCCUCCACAUGUUGGGCACAUCGUUUGGAGGCGAGCGGAGAGCACAGAUGGAAAGACUGCCAUCGGAGAUGCAGCCUUCGUUGGAGACUGUAAGCUUGUCCCGUGUCCUGACGGAUCAUCACGUGCAGCGGACUGGGUAGAUCACCAGUUGCGACGUCCGCAAUGCCACUGCCAUGCUGGCAAGGUCGGAGGAUUUCUCUGGCACCCAAACAUCAAUCGAUAUUCUGGUCAAUGCAUUGACGAGAAUCCUUGUGCUCCUGGUCAUGCCGGAGCUCGGAUGGUCGGCUUUGCCAGCCCUGAUGCAGAGAAGGUCCGCAUGCUUGGCAAGUGCGAGCGUGUGGCAUGUCCGCAGCAUGCUGAUAUUGAUGAGACUGGCCUGUGUCACUGUCAGCCGCCGUACAAUGGUACGCGGAUCACGUGGAACGCCACGCUGCUGACAUAUUCUGGCGAGUGUUCACCCGAUUUCCAUUGUCCGCCUCACGCCGUUUACCAAACCGUGGACCUGACCAUCAUCAAGACACGCCUGGCCUGCGCUUGUCGCGAUGGCUACGCUGGCGGCCACAUGUCCUGGGAUGCUUGGGGAAAUCGUGUUUGGCAUGGUGAGUGCCGGUUGGUCGCUUGUCCACCGGGUGCGCAGAGACACAUGGACGGUCUUUGCCAUUGCCACAAUUCUGACCAUUCUUCAGUGACGUGGGAUGGAUUGCGUGGCAUAUAUGCAGGCCAUUGCACGCAGGGGCAUACGACGAGCAAGCCGAAGCAAACAAUGGAAGGCAAGGAUGCCAAGCGACCCAGUCUUCGGGAGGGAAGCAUUGGCAGAGACACUGGAGCCCAUGAUCGCCCGAAGCGGCACCAGUCAGCAAUUUCGGGCGGGGCCCACGGCUCGGCUUCCGAGAACGAAAGCCUUGAAAGCCUCUCAUCUGCUGCGCACCUUGCAUCUGCAAAGCAUUCGGUGCGAAGCUCCAAGAAGGAUGGUGGCCAGGAGCAUGAGGGUAACCGUGGGCAACAUGGGCAACAGACUCCGGGCCGGCACAACAAGUAUGCCCAGAAGGUUCCCACAAAGGGAGCAGCGCUCUUUUUUCAUGCCUUCUGGCAUCCCAUCAGAACCUUUGCUGAGCCUCUUCUGAGGUUCGUCUAA